GCACUUGCUGUUUCUAGUAUGUUCUCCUCACUGUCUCCUUCCUAUCUCCUCUUCUCAACAAUAUUUUUUUUUUUUUGCUUUAUUUUCUUGGAGAUAAUCUUGAGUUUGAUUUCCCGGGGAAAAAAAAGCAGAAUUAUUCAUACUUUUAUUUAUUCACUGUUCAUAGAUCUGAAGAAAGCUUAUCAGAUACUGUUACAUGGCUGCUCCGGAUCUAAGUGAGGAUGUAAGUAGUAAUGUAGAGAAUGGAAGUUGCAAUUCAAAUGAAGGAACUAAUCAUGAAACAAGCAGUGAUUGGAUCCCAAACGCUGCUAAGGUUAGGAAGCCGUACACAGUAUCUAAGCAGAGAGAGAAGUGGAGUGAGGCAGAGCAUGAUAGGUUCCUUGAAGCUAUCGAGCUUUAUGGUCGUGCUUGGCGACAAAUCCAAGAACAUAUAGGUACUAAAACAGCUGUUCAGAUCAGAAGCCAUGCUCAAAAGUUUUUCUCCAAGGUGGCUCGUGAAGCUGACAACUCGGUUAAAACGGUUGUGAUCCCGCCUCCUCGUCCAAAGAGGAAACCAACACAUCCUUAUCCUCGGAAGUCACCUGCUCCAUGUUGUCAGUGUCCUUCCUCAGCUAUGGAGAAAGGAACAAAGUCUCCAACUUCUGUGUUAUCACCAUUUGGUUCAGAUGAUCAGGUCAAUCGAUGCUCAUCUCCUAACUCGUGUACCAGUGACAUACAGUCCAUUGAUAAGAAGAAUGAUUACGCAACAUCUAAGCAAUCUUUUAAAGAGGCUGAUGUUGUAACCGGUUCAACAAAACUCACCUCGAGUAUUAUGCUCUUUGGGAAGAUUGUACAAGUGGCGGAAGGAUCUAAGAAAACAUCUUCGUCCAGAGAGGAAGGUGUUGAUCAUAAAUCGAUGACGGGUCAAGAUUCUAAGCACGUCGACACAGUUUUAUCUCUAGGGAUAUGGGAAACCUCUUGUACCGGUUCUAGUGCGUUUGGCUCGGUCACAGAAGUUUCAGAGAACUUGGAGAAGAGUGCAGAAGCACGGCUAACCUCGUUAGAAAAACAAGAACACUGUUAUCCAUGUGCGAAUGGGUUCAGACCAUACAAGAGAUGCUUAUCAGAAAGAGAAGUGACAUCGUCUUUCUCAUUGGUAGCUUCAGAAGAAGAGGGUAGCAGAAGAAGAGCACGUGUAUGCUCGUAGCGGAAGUACACGGCCCUCUUGUAAAGUUGGCACAGUUUUAGAUUGAUUUCGAUGAGUCAAGGACAUUGUUCAACCAUUGUUGGGAGAGCAAAACUCGGAUGAAUCAUCAAAUGAAAAUUCAUACGGAUAUGUAUUACUUGUAAUGAAGUUUCUUCCACUGUCUGAAAUUAAGAAGACAGAUGAUUUUUUUUUCUUCAUCAAACAAGUGUAUCUGUUCAACCACCUAAUUGUAACUCUGUUUCAAUCUUAUCGUUUCAUGAAUUACUGUCUGACUCAGGAUUAGAAAAGAGUGAACUCAACUUUUU